AUGUCUCUCGUCGAGCGUCUCUUCCCAGCCGCCGAGCUUGCUGCCAUGAAGCACGCCGUCCUUUCUGCUACCGGCGACAACGAGCCAGCAGCUAAACGCCGCAAGAUCCAGCGCCAGCAAUCUGUUCGCUCCUAUCGGAGUACCGAUUCUGGCUACAACUCCGAUAAUGUAUCCGACAUCGAAGCUUCCACAAACACAACGACGGAUAUGACCUCGAAGCAUACCAACCCUCCAGUAGCACCAGAGAUGUCUUCGUUUUCGUUCUCGUCAUCUAACCGCAAAUCAUCCGUUACCAUGCCCGCCUCACCUUCGACACACUCAGAAGAGGACUAUACCGACGUCAUCGCCCGUGCCCGCGCCCGUCUCUACAGCAAUGCCUCCCUGUCCAUACCCAGCCCACCGGUCUCAACCUCACAAGACUCUCCCGGCUUCAAUACCAACGCCGACUAUUCCCUUCCAUCUCCCUCCUCCACAUCGCACGAUGAAUUCCAGUACCCUUCCCCUGUUUCCGUCGAGCCCAGCAUCGCCUCCAGCGACACCACCUCGGGCUGCAACCUCGGCACCUUCAUCAGCCUAGGCCUCGCGGUGACGAGCCACGAGAGGAAUUUGCUGACGACGCUGGUCCCGGAGCCUAAAGCCCUGCCGUCCUGGCAGAUGGAGGCAUGGGCCGCGAAGCGCAUGAGCAUGCUGGAGGCCCAGCGCAGACUGCGAGAGCAGGAGCGCAGGAGGCGUGAGGGUCUCUUGCGGAGGCGUCCCAGCGCUGAUGAGGCCGCGGAUCAGCAGGAACAGGCGAGGCGUUCGAGCUACGCGGGAUUUGCCAUUGGCUGUCACGACGGUGAGGAUGAGGAGGAGUUCGAGGGUGGUGAGGUUGAGGGUGAGGGCAAAGGUUUGAAGGGCGGUGCUGGAGAGGCGUCCGAUGCGCCGUUGAAGAGCGUAGAGGCGUUUGACGAUUUCUUCGAUGUCGACGCGGCUUGUGAGCAGGAGGGCGAGCACCACCGGGCGAGUGUCGAGAUAUGCGAGACAUGA